AUGCCAAAAACAGGUCCUUUUACCAAAGCUAAUGAAUUUAAAGGUAUGAGUUUUGUUUUAAGCUGUUUGCAGUUAAGUUCUGAAAACGGAAUCGAAUAUAAUCCCAUAUGGGUUUCAUGAAUUGGGUAACUAACUAAACGUCGUUCGUUCACUAUGACCUGUAGAGGGGCUCGGCAAAGUCGUUAUUUUAGCUUCUUUUCUUUAUUUUUCGGAGUUAGUUAACAUCUUUAAAUCACAAAUUGCGAGGCAAAGUAUUUUCGAGAGACUCCCAGCCGCCUAACAACCUUAGCUAACAACUUAUUUUCUUCAGAUAGAGAUAAACUAGAAAUUAAAAAUUCGGAGGGCAUUUGUUAGCUUUACCCAAAUGCAAUCCCUUUUAAUCUUACCAUGUUUAGCCCAUCCAUGACCACUUUAAGAUUUUCCAUAUUCAUGUUUGGUUCUUCUGUAGUUUGAAGAUGUUAUUUCAGUUGAUACAGUGUAUUACUGGUAAUCUGAUAAUGACCAGUUGGUAAAUCUUUAAAUUGACAUAAUUGUAAACUGCAAACAUUGCUAAUUAAACAUGACCAAUUAGCACCUUUAACCUUUCAGGCUUAAACAAAUACAUACUAAAGAUUUAUUGCGUCUGUGGUAAUAAUGAUGAUAUAACCGUGAAACCUUCUCUUGAUAUAGCCAGUUGAAGUACAUCAGCGUCUUACAGUACAUUUGGUGCCAAUGUGGCAGUUUAAUUUAUAAAACGCACAUUAGAGAAACUUUUCGAAUCGAAUGCAAUGUAUUACUUUGACUAGCUUCGAUUCUAGAUGCCAGUUGAAACCGUCAGUAGAGAGAUAUUUUUAAACCUUUAUUCGCAGAUGGAUGAUUUAGUGUUGAUUUUGAGUCGUGGACGAAAUAUUCUGGGUGUGGUGUGUCUGAAACCAAGGUAUUAUACAUUGUUAAUGUGAUUGUCUGAAAACCCAGACACUUCAUCAUGCUACAUUGUUGUAACGAUGUUGUUAAGAGUCUAAACUCGUUACAACCGUGACUUGUUCGGAACAUUGUCAUCACGUUCUAUUUGGUUUUCUAAUGACCCGAUUGUUUAACUCACAAUCUGAAUUGUUGUGAGAAUAUUGUUGGAUGUUAAAUUUGAUAAAAUUUAGUUAAUACGUAAUUUUGUUCUCGAAAUGUUAAAGCAGUUUGCACUCAUUUAAGAGCAGCGUAACCCUGGAUGAUAAACAUGUUCAUUGAUUCUUGUUAGUCUGACGGACAUUUUGUGAUUACUUCUUCCAACAUCACACUCAGAUCUCUCAGCAUUCUCUUAGUUAUCAAAUGUCCUGUGGAGAACUGUGAAUCGUACUCUUAACAUAGGCUUUCAACAAAUAUAAUGAGAUUGUAGAGACACAUUCUUAACGCCGAUUGUUUACCUUCGGCGUGAAUUACAAAUACAAUGAUCUUUAUUUAUAGUGCCAGGUCAAGCGUAGCCCCUUGCAUGGAUUCGGUUAUUGCGCUCAUCAUUUGAAACUUAAAUCUGUUACUUUAGUUGCCAAUAUCAGAUAUAUUACUUGACUUUCAGUUGCGUAUGUCACUGGUGAGCUUCGAAUUCUGACACGCGAGGAAGCUAAGAAAAGAAGGGUGAAAAUAUGACAUUUAUACGAGCCUAAAGAAGAUAAUAAAAUUGAAUUAUCAAUUCAUAUGAAAAUUACAAAAAAUCUUUUGUUGAACCUGAAAAAAAAUUUUUGACUUAAGUUGAAAACAACUUUUUUCAUGAUUCACUUUAGCCUCCAUUUUCACGCAUUGAUAAUUUGAGCUUUUAAGACCGGAGAUUGUUCGUCGGUGAUUUGUUUAUCUGUUAAUGGUAUCACUUCCCUUUUGCCAAGCCCUUUCAGUUUCGGUUUAUUUACUGUACGGCAAAAGUUACAAAACUUCAAGGAGGCUUGACAUAUUUCGGUUUCGCAUAGUGUACACGUGCUUUUUGUUUCUGACCUUCCCCUUGCAAUUGCCUUUAAUUGACAGACGCAAGAUGUUGUUAUAUAGUGCAUAUUUUUGUUUAGCUUGUUUUGUGUGGUACACACACACACACAUUUUGGCGCAGUACUCAAAGCAGCAGAAAUACAUUUUAGACUCAAAUUGUUAGAUGUCCGUAGCAGGUUGUUUGCCUAAACUUGAAUUUUUGGAAUAAAAAUUCAAGAUGGCGGUUGCCUUAAAUGACGUCACAGGUCCUAAGGAGCGCCAUUUCGCCAUAAUAUUAAGACAUUUUGCGGAAUAAUCUGCAUCUUUUGCAUUGCUUACAAAUCACCGGUCAAAUGACAAAGAAUUGCACCACCCUUGAAAUCGAUAGUUUUUGUCACAGAUAAUCACAGAGCGGCUUUAAAUCAUGUUAAAUCAGUGGAGCUUUAGUUUUGGUUGAAUGUGACCUACAAGGUAUUUAGGCACUUGCAGGAACACUAAACGAAUUCAGUUUUAGUAAAGGAUGUAUUCUUAAAGUUUAACUUAAACCUGUUAUGAAAAUGAUAAUUUGCAACAAUAACUCAGGGAUUCCCUUUCAGGCCAUUACGGUCUGGCACUUUCAAAUUUUAAAUUAAUGUUCAGUUAAAUAAAGUAUCUUAAACAAUCCUCUAGAAUAAAAUCCAUUUCAUUGAUAGAUUACAUUGAAAUCUUUUAAAUAAAUGGAAUCUGUUGAAAACUAUAGCUUCCCACGCAGACCUUUUGGCCCUUCGUGCAAUCUCGAUGAUAACCUACGUGGGAGACUAAGUGAAAGAAGUCUCCUUUAGUAAUCACAAUUAUCAAAAGAUCAAAUAUUUGAGAAUUAAACCUUUUUAAUACACGUCCGGUCCAGAGCUUGUUUCAGUCUGAAUCCGGUACUUUACAACAUGACCCGGAAAACUCUGCAUAACUGAAGAUUUAAACUGAGAAUUUAUCAUCUUCUUUAACUCGGGAUAAGUAAGUCUCUAACAUGGAACCAUAUCAAGCAUUUUCUGAUCCAGUUAACACUACCAGACCACGCCUUUUGCUACCGAUACAGUAAUUUGUGCAAAAUAUUAAUGUGGAAUAAUAGCGUGAUUUAUAAUCGAAUCAAUAAGCGUUUUUAGAGAUUAAGGAAAUCCCGAAUGCUCCCGGGCGACAGGAGAAAGCAACUGUCCAAAGAGUUAUCUUUUUUUUUCCCCAAAACUCGAUAUUUAGUUUUCAUAGAUGAUAUCAUAUUUACCGGAUGCGGUUAAAAGGAAUGUUUCGAGAAAGAGAGAACAACCUGGGCAAAAUGAAACAGCAACUGAUCGUCGGUUUUCACCCACUCACGACAGUGUGAUUGGGAUUCUGCGGAGUGAAGUAACAUUCAAUUGGAUUUUGAACAACGAGUGUCAUGUUUUUAUAUCACAGUGAAUUUCAAGGUAUGAUCUAUCUACAGUUUUAAACUGCCCUUAACUUUCUGUAGGUAAAAACUUUCUUACUCUUUGAUAGUCUUAGGAGAGACAGGAAUUGCCUUGUUAAUAAGGUACACUUUUAGUGGUUUCUCUCUCUAGUAACUGUGAUUUCUUGCACAGGCUAAAACGGAAAUAUUUGGAUUUACCUUUGAAAGAUCCAUAACAAAACUUUUGUUAAUGGACAGUAAAGUGUGAAAAUUCAACAAACAUCAGAUAAGUACAGUAAUUUCCUAUGUGUGUAAAUUGGGUGAACCGAUUAAAUUGAGAACUGCGUAAAAUCCACAUGAAAAUAUCAAAACGUUUGACGGCACCGUGUGAAAAUUCCACAAACAGAUAUCUGCAGUAAUUUCUCGUGCGAUUGUGUUUACUAAUCAAUAAUAACAUUUCCCUUCUUAGUCUUAGAUGACCUUGGGUCUCUAACUUGAUGAACUAUACAUUUAGUCUGAAUAAGACAAGAUGUUUCAUUCUGCCAGUUUGUGUACAGCUGUUGUGUAUAAACCGGCCGGAGCCAAAGAUUUGACUACGAGCACGCCGUACCAGUAUAGAACCAUGCACGUAUCAGUAGGAGCGAGGGUUGUUACACUUGGAAUCUUCAGUCAGUUGUAUCCCCAGAUAUCUCAACCUCUUAGCAGUUAAAGAGACGUUAGGAAUAAGAUUCUUGUCAUUAUUAUCUGGGGCUCACGAACCUUGUUUAAAAUUGAUUCACCCUUCUACUAAAUAAAUCUCGCAUACAUGUUGUCCAAUAUAUAAAGAUACUAUUGACUCUCAUACCAAGGAAAGUUGAUGAUCUACAAUUUAAUGUUACUCAUGUGUGUUGUAGUAAAUUCUCUUUCUUGCCGCUUAGUUUCAGUUUCAUUUUAAAAGGAGCACGUACAUGUUACUUCAAAUAAAUUGCGCUUCGUCAUCGUAAUAUCAAUACGUAAAAUAUACUGCCUACAAAAUGCAACCAAAAGUAAGCAAAUGUGUGAAUCGGGUUUGGAAGCAGGCUGCAUACCCUAUACCACCAAUGCGACCAGAAGAAAAAAGGGGUGAGUUUUUAAGAAAUCAUUCUACAACUACUUUGACUUCACAGAAUUACUGAACGAGUUAUUUACCCUCCUUUCUUGAAAAACUUGCAUAUUGCCCUGAGUGAGCGAAUAAUGCAUAACCUAACUGACAAACAAAAUAAUCCUUUAGAAUUUGCAGUUCUGUUCAAGAAUUAAAAAAAUUCAAAUCAACUUCUCAUUAUUAAGAGGGAUAUCUAUCUUAAAAAACUUGUAAAAUAAAUAAUAACUUGUUAGCAUAUUUUCCUGAGUUAAAAUAACUCAUAGCAUGACUCACCAACAAUUUGCCAUUCUGCGAAUCAAAUUUUCGAUCCAGUUCUCAUUGUUUCCCGUGGCGGAUAGAUUUAGUAAACGUUUCCCCGAAAAACUCCUUCUUCUCGUACGGUUCUGAAGAGUGGAAGCUUCCUUUUACCGCUUGUAGCGGAACCCUGAAGGACAGUACAGAGACCUUUUGAACAGCCUACUGCAGUUCAACAGUUUAUUUGCAUAUUAAGUUUGUCAUUUGGGUUGUUUUUGUUCUGAAUUUUGAAAAAAACAUGCACGUUUUUCGAGAACAAUGCAUCAACCUAUAACAGCACUGAGAAUAUAAUACUCUGGGGAUGAACGUCUUCACGCUGUUCAAAACACGCACAGCACCCAUUUUAACAAGUUCAAAAAUUCGAGCACGAAUAUUUUAAACAUCAUGUUAUGCUCAAUUCAAAAUAUCAAAACAUUUACAGUUGUGUAGGACUUUCGUUAAUGGCAUUUUCAAUUUUGAUAUUACAGAAAUUCCCUCAGGUCAAUUCGUUGUGUAUUCGCUCGCUGGGAUAAACAAUGAGUUAACGCGACUCCUGAGCCACCGUCAUCGAGCUUAUACUUUGCUUAUUUGCAAAACGAACAUUAAGGGCCUGUUUACAUGGAGGUGGGGGAGGGGGGGGGGCAGAUAGGUGAGGUACAAUUUGGCGGGUCACCCCACCUAUCAUGUAAACGUGAUCAAGUUAAAAUGACAAAUUAUAUGGACAGGCGGGUUACCUCACCUAACUGGGGUCCCCCAGCUCCAUGUAAACAAGCCCUAAGUUAUAGCGAAGUGGAAAAUUAUUUUAAUAAAUUUUAACACGUAAUGAGAACGUGUUCUGAACACUCUAAAUAGCAAGUGAAAGAAAAGGAUGGUCAAAGAAACGAAUAGACCUCCAGGGGCGUAGCUAGGGGGGUCCUGGGGUUCCCGUGACCCCCCUUGGUAGGCCUUCUUUUGAGCAAACAACCUACAAUAUUCAGGUGGCGAAAACGCCAUGACAAUAUCUUGGCCGUAAAAGCCAUUGUUGAAAAGCCCACUUUUUUAAAAUUUGUUUUUUUGUGAAGUAUUUUCGUCAACGGCUCUUGUCUUUAGUUAAUAUGGGCCUUCAUGCCGCGAUAAUACGACUGAGCCCGCUGAUACACGAGGGAGAGCAGCGGUAUAAACCAUAUAUAGUCGGCGAUCCCCGGAUGGUGAUCUGGUGAGUAGCCUCUGUGACCCCCCCUUUGAAAAAUCCUGGCUACGCCCCUGACCUCUUUAGCUUACAAGUAUGUUUUGUUUUCCCAGGGGAACUUAACCCUUUGUCUUCUCAUAAUUUACGCGCAGAUAUGCAGGCGAAUAAGACUAAAUUUGAAAGGAACAGUUCUCUUGGAGUAUUAUCACACGACCUGUAUUGGGAAAAUAAAACAUACAAGUUAAAGAGGUCUGUUGACCCUUAAGGUUGGUGAGCUGUGACUGGGAUGUUUGCUGUGAUUGAUUCAUAAGAGACACGCGAGCGAACGAUCGAAUGGUUGAGACUUUCGUAAAUAAAAAGAUGGUUUUUUUACCUGGGACAAAUAAGUAGGUACAAAUAUAUCUUCAAAUGACUUAAAAUUGGUACGAGUGCGACGUCGCCGACGGAAUUUCCGAACUCUUGUUGUCUCUUAGAAAUCCCGGUUACCUCUUUGGCCUACUCCCCCUUUGGCUUAUCAACUCCCUGUUGGUCACGAGAAGGCAGAUAGAUAAAAUGUUGAGAGCCAAGAUUGAUUUGAAAAGUACCCGUAUUUUUAGUCCAAAACCUUUCAGUUUCGAAUCCUUAAGAUCAGGGAAAGUGACGACAGCGACUGAAGGUCUUUUAAAAAGUGAAUUCGCGAUUAUUCCGACGUAUUCCACAGCCGACUCACUUUGUCAAAUGAAGACGAACUUUCCUGCCAAGUUGAAUUCCUACGAACCAUAUCCAAUUCAAGUUCUGAGAGAGAGAAAGUUUUGUCUGCGCUUCUGUACGUCCUCCAUAAAGCGUGAACUCUGGGCACUUUACGUCGUGGUCGUGCAGUGACGGCAAGGAAAUGUACAAACAAGCGCAAUGCACAUGCAGAGAUGUUGUUUUGCUUAUUAAAAAUAUUGAGCGUUUUCACUCACGUUGCCAACAGCUACGCCAAUUUGUUACCACAAAAGAAAGCUUUUACUUAAAAGGAAAAAAAGUUCAACUCCCACGACCAAUACUGGUUUGGGACACAAACAUGGCGGAUGUGCGUGGCGGACGUGCGUGCAAAGGCUCUAUUGUUUUUGUUAUUUCAGCGUUGUCAUAGGGCGUUAAGGUCCCUAUAACGGGCUUAUCUCCGGUGUAAUGUUAUUUGUUACUCACAGCUGAAACAAAACAAAGAACACAAAACAUCCUUAACAAUGGACCUAACCCUGACAAUUCUUAUAGUCCAUAAAACAAAGAAAACGAAUAACUUUCGAGUGAAAUAGGUAUCCUCAAUAAAGAUUAUACUAUUAUCGUUAUAAUUAGUAGUAUUAGUAUUAGUCAGUUAGUAUUAGUAUCAUUAUCCUUCUUAAACACAGCUUCUACGAAUGCCUUUCUUUCCUUAAACAUCAAUUCACCGCCCGUGACCUUAGGUGUCUAAGACUAAGCGAAGGUUCUAUUUCGAUGAUUCUAAACGACAUGUGACACCAAUCUCUGCUGCUAACUACUUUUCUAUGUCGUUCGAGACAGUUCCUAAUGCACCAAUAGGCCACUUGCACAAUGGCGUCAUUUUACUACUACGACCAGAAUCCUUUACGUUUUUCCUUUCAUAUUUAAAUUUGUAAUCUCAGCGAGGAUUAAAUCACAAAAGAGCCAUUGUCUUUCUCUCGGGUGUCAAGUGGACACUGCAACAUCAAUAAUCAGCCACUUCUGUUCUAUCUCAUCCAAUACCACAACUUUAGGCUUGUCGGAGUUCAAUCUUGUUGACAGUCUGUAUUUUGAAGUCCCACAGCUUGUUGUUAGUGGAUUCAUACACUUGUUGUGGCUCUUGGUUGCAAUAGUUUUCAUCCCUGUCAUAGGCCAGCUUUCCACAUUAUUAUUAUUAUUAUUAUUAUUAUUAUUAUUAUUAUAAUCAUCAUUUGCGCUCUUAUAAUAUAGUUGAUCGCCAGCAUAUGGAGGCGUCAGAUGGACCAACAGGACAAGGUUCAGACAGCAGCCCAGUUACUCAUUACAAGAAUAUAGUCCACUUGUGGGAAUUCUUGCUGGAGCUUCUAGCUGAUGACAGCUGCCGUUCAAUCAUAACUUGGAGCAACGAAAAUCGUAUGGAAUUCAAAAUAAAAGUUCCUGAUGAGGUGGCCAAAAGAUGGGGGCAAUUCAAGAGGACGCGGACCAUGACGUAUGACAAACUAAGCAGGGCUCUGAGAUUUUACUAUAGUAAAGGAAUCAUUCAAAAGGUGAGUUCAAUAGAACCCUCCAUUGCGACCACACCCAAUGAUAUGCCAAGGUUUUUUAGAUUUCAAAUGUAUGUAGUAUUAUGAUAGUGGAAAUGUUCCUAGCAGUUGAACAAACAGCCUAAGCAGUUGAAAAAAAAAGUUCACCGGGAUAUUGAACCUGAACCUUUGCGAUGGUCGGACGCAACGCUCUAUCCAUUAAGCUAAUCAAGCCAACUGGAGAGCAGGCCAUUGUGAGUUCGUCAGGGGCACCGAACGUCAAUUUUCGUAAAAUAUCUGUUCGGAAGACGAUUUGAGAUCUAGAAUUUUCGGAACAUUUGUUGUAAAAUUUCUUGCUUUCCUGCCUCUCCUAGGAUUUUCGAACAUUUAAAAAAUGGUAUAACUGUCUAUUUUAAACAGAUUUUUACCCUGAAAAGGUCACCUAGAAUUUCCGGGAGCCUUUCUCCUCGCUGAAAUUUUCGAAAAGGUGAGCUUUCAUCCCUUCUAUUUUCGGAUCAGAUUUCAGCUAUAGGAAGUGAUUUUUAGGGGAUAAAAAUAAGCCUACAUCUAAAUCUAUCUAUAUUUGAAUACUAAAAUGUGUUUAACAAUGCUAUGUUUAAGUGGUUUUGAACUAUAUUCUCGUUGGGUGCCACUGGUUUGUAAUAUACCCGAUGGUGGAAAUGAAAUGGCUGGAAAUAUUUGCGACGAUCAUUUCCACUUUCAUGCCUUUAUCUGCAGUUCAAAAUAUAAGUCACCUAAUAUACUUCGAUUAAUGUGUGAAGUAAUGUUACUGGGAAAACUGAAUUAUUCUGGUACUGAGUUUGAAUAGGUGGUCGAUCGUUUUUCCAGCUUCAUUGCGAUACGAUAAUAACUUACAAUAGUCUCCGUCGCAACUAGCGCAGGAGCGUGUAAUUCACGCGCCACAACCCACUAAAAAACUUCAAUUUUACACCAGCCAUUUACAUGAGGAGCGGUUAAAGGUGAGUUGGUCACUCAGGAAAGUUCGUGUGCUGUAAUGUCAUGGAUUAGUGGACAACAAGACGCGCCCUCUUUACAUUAUAUAUGUAACAUUUCAACAGUCAACUCGGACGUCAGCACUCAAUGGCGCCAGUGGCAGCCUCUAUCUGUUCAUUUAUGAGCUUUCUGUAACCCACCCACAGCCCAUGAUAUGAAUGAUGCGUGAAAGGUAGACCACAUCACCGGGGAAACUUCCCCCAGUCUUUUCGAACAGCAGUGUGCGCUCUUUUACGUCCCCUUCGAUUUGACUAAUGAAAGAAGGAUGAAGGAGACAAGGCCAACGGCUUAACGUCAUCGCCCAUGCAAUGACGCAGUGGACAGUGCCAUCUUUCGCGUGAGUUAUAGGACCAUGGCAUCUAACUAUCUUUUUGCAUUUCCUAUCUUAGGUUCCAAAACAAAGGUUGGUUUACAGGUUUCAUAAACUGCCUUACAAAUACGAACCAGGCGUGACCCGUUGGCGACCUCAUGGACAGAGAAUCAAGGCUUGCAUCACACAGAACGAGUCUAGCGUGACGGCUACAGAGUACGGUGGCCAUGGAAUCAAUUCAUACAUUGGGCAGCGUGGAGCCGGGAUAAAUCUAUUUAUUGGGCAGCGACAAGCGUUGCAGAAAGAAAAGCCAAUUACCCCUCCCCUCAUGGGGCAUGACUGGUCUUCUGCUUUUACUCCCGUCAUCACCCCAUUCAGAAGAAGCCGGGCUGCCUCGUCGUUUCUGCCCACAUCUACGACUCUGCAUCCCGCAUUGCCUUGUCAUGACCCAAUGUUUAACACAACAUCUGGUUUUCAACUCAGAUCAAGGAUCAUAUUUCCUGAUGACAUCCAUCCUGGGUUUAGGCCGGUUAAACAAGUUAAACCUGUUGGCCAUGAUAUGCAAGUGAGAAGCACUACGGCAUCGUCAAUACCUGUCUCCGUUAUUCAGCGCAUUUAAGCCUUCAAUCCCCCAGAGGUAGUCAACAAAGGUUUAUACGAGGAGGCUCCGACUCCCGGGGGGUACUCGAUAUAUCCUUGGGUGGGGAGGUGCAGCCCGACCCCUUAUACCCUGAUCCUGUUUAAGACAAAAAUCGUUGAUUUUCCUACCCUGUUUAAGUCAGAAUUCCGAUUUUUGAUACCCUGUUUAAGACAUUCGUAGAACAUACGCGCAGGCUGUUUAUCGUCCAAGAAAAGAUACCCUGUUUAAGACAAAAACUGAUACAAUCGAUACCCUGAUUAAGACAAAAAUAAUAAAAUCGAUACCCUGUUUAAGACAAAAAUCCCGAAAAACAUACCCUGGCUGGCCGCACGUCCCCAUUAAGUCCUUAUAAGGGAGUAUCCCCCCUGGGCUCCGACCCGAGGUCCAACCUCUUACCCUUUUAUAUAGCAUUAUUGGCGAAGAAGGUACUCCUUUCAUACUGACUUUCUAUUGAAAAAUGUCACCCUUUUCACUCUUUUCGCUACCUAGUUCACAGGGUUCAGAGGAGUGUCGUGUGAUUAAAUGAAUUACUUAUUUCUCAAAUUGAAAAAUGUCUAUACUUGUCGCUUAGCACGAUUAAUUAACCCAAUGGAAUCUUUCUAAAUCUACUGUAGACGAUUUCUUCGCUUCUUAUCUGACCCAAAUAGACUUUGUUGUUCGCCUGUAAGCUGAUCUUGUGAGCCCUCAGUCUCUUCAGUGGUUUCCGGUAUACAGAAUGCGCAGCGAAAAUGUAACGCGAUCAAAAUAACCCAUUUUUUCUGAGGUUUUCGACGGGUUCUGAUGUUCUAACGACAAACACAUCUCCUCUGGACCCUGUGCCUAGUUGAGAACUCUGAAUCCGUUUUAACUGCUCUAAUUGCACUGCCUUGAACGUUUUCAUUCUUGACUUUUUUACACACAAAAAAUGCACCUGUUAACCCUCCUAGAAAUCUUGGACAGGAAUGCGCUCUCGAGACAGUAUUUUUGCGUUACAUUGCGUCACAAAAGGCCACAAUGUUUAUAGGCUUUUGUGGGAGAAAAGAUUUAAAAUAAAUCCUACCUCAUUAACUGAAUGAAAAAUCCAUAUUGUUCACUGCGAUUCUGCUAGCAAUCGAGGAAACCUAAAAGUAUUGCAAAGAAUUGAACCUCUCCGAGUCGUAAUCGAUGCGUUAUUCAUCUUUGAAGAUCCGAAGAAUUUUUCCAUGAGGACAGUAUGGCGGAAUGCUCAAACCAGUAAAUCCAGCUUUCGAUGAAUGCCUCCCGGCUCGUAGCCUGCGAACCGCAGACGUAUUUCCUGUCGUCGCUUCUCUCCCUCCGAAAAUUAAUUGAUUAAUAAUUUUCGGAGGGAGAGAAGCGACGACCGGAAAUACGUCUGCGGUUCGCAGGCUACCCGGCUCGCGCCGUAACGUAAACUGAAAUCUGUUCACUGCGAUUUUGAAUCUAUUGAAGCAAAGCUUUAGAAAACAGUACAGGACAUCUCUCUGCAAUCCGUUGCUGAUGCGUUUUCUUGUGGUCCAGAACAACCCAAAAUAGACCAAUCCAUUCUGGGCUAAACCUUAAGAUCUUCACUGUGCCAUAUCUUGGCUAAAAUUCAUCCAAAUUUCCCCCAAAACCACUGGUUGAAAAGCUUCACGGACAGUUUAUGGCCGCCAUUUUUGGGGGAGCAAUACUUUCAGUCAGCGGCUACAGUUAGACCACAGACAUCUCUGAAUUUCUCUACUCAAUGUGUCCUAAACCUAUGAGCCCGAAAACACGCAAAAAUCCAGCGGAGUUGUCCAUUGCGUGACCGACUAAAUGUAAAUCACACGAAAUUCGAUGUCCGAGAUUUCUAGCCAUGAAAGAACUCACGUGAUGUAACACUUUCCUAGUUUCUACCGACCGAAAUGACAGAUUUCCCUACCCUUUCAUAUACCUGAGGCCUGAAAAAAGGUACCCCUUUCGGGCGGAGCCUCCCCGUAUAGGCCAUCAUAGGGAGUACGCUGGGGCUUCAAACACUGGCCAAGCUCAUUAGCGAGUCUUCCUAUCAACUUUGAUGAUUUUGUUUCAGUCGUUAUACGUGUACGUCGCUUAACAUUACCUUCGCAUUAAUUUCGUCGACCUUAGCCAGGAACUUUAUGACUACGAUGAAAUUGUGGGAGUUUACUCCCUUCGCCUUAUGACUAAGCCUUCUGCUUGUAGUGAACAGUGAACAAUUAGAAAAAAGUAAAAAUAAUGAACAUUGUAAAUAGUUUGAACCCACCGAAGUCAUAUAAUAACGAGGUUGAAUAUAACCAUACAGGCUAAUGUAUGAUCAUGAAUAGCUAUUGCAAGUUUCCUUGCUUUUUGGUCUCUGGUCUAUAGAAAGUAAACUACUUUUCACUGAAAUGGAUGACAGGACUUGACGAACUACGGGUCAUUUCGCUGUUUAAAAGUAAUUAGAAUUACUUUUUCACGUUACCGUAGGGCGGUAUAAGAGCGCAAAGCUCGUGUUAAAAGCUUUGAAUAUAUUAUAAUCUCUUUGAGUUGCCCUGAUGAAGACUUUUAAUAAAGACAAAAGAUCGACAACAGUCGUUUUUGUCCUGUUUUUUGAGGUUUUAUAAUCUAUUUAAGAUACUACUACUACUCUGGAAGCAUUGCUCAAAUUCUUGUUAUCUUUUUUAAUCACAAAAAAUGGUAUAUAAAAGGGUAAGAGGUUGGACUCGGGGCGGAGCCUUCCCGUAUAGACAUUUGUUGAGUACCCCCGCCCCCACUGCGUGUCAAUACAAAACUCCUAAGCGUUUGUUUCUUGACUUUUGACGAGUUUUGCAGCACGAAAUUACCAUUUAUUUAUCAUGCAACCAUUUUUUGGCCCGAGAUCAGUGUUACAGGCAAAUUUAAGCUGCUUAUUGUAACAUUCAUGGGACCUUGGUGCCAAAGAAAGUGACACUGGACUAAUAAACACACGCGCAUAAUUAGCUUAGUUACCAAGGUGGAUAACAUCCUCCUCGAUCUGCAUAAUUUUUCACCUCCUACUCAGCCUCACUCAAUAACAUAUUGCUAAAAGCCACUACAAGGAGACGAUGUUUCAACUUGUAUCCAUACAAAAAGAACUGAUAUAUUCAGAUGAGAAGGAGCACUUCAUUUACGGAGAAGCAACACUCGGUAGAAAACGAGAAGCGGUAUUUUUGCAUAUGUCAAACAUCAAGAAGUGUUAACCAAGAUCUAUCGUCAAUGCAAAGAAGAAAGAAUCAAAAUUUUAAGAAACGAUAACUACAAUCAAUAAGCUAAAACAAAUAUUUAUACAAACUUGUACAAUACAUGGUUAAUUCAUGCAAAUAAUGUUACCUAUUUUGUUAUAUAACCUAUUACGUAAUGCUAAAGAUCCUUCAAAUCGCCUAUAAAAAACAUAUGACAAGAUUAAGGUUAUCCACUGAUAAAACCUAUUUUGGCAACGAGAAUUCAUUGUCUUUCUCAGCAUUAGAACAUCGAUAGAAUAAAUUUUACAAUGUUUUUUUUCUUUAUGUGGUCUUUCUUGUAAAAGAUUUUUUCUUAUUUGCCCAGUUGGGGGUCUAACAUUUUUGAACCAGUGUAUUGCAUGAAACAGACUUUAAAAACUAUAUGUAUAUUGUUUGUAAACCAUAGUUAACGACUUUACUUCACAAUAAAAGUUUUCAAUUUUCAGUAAGGUCAACAAUUUUGGAGUUGAGGAU